UUUUUGAUACACUUGAGAAGCUCGGUUGAAUGGGUACAAAAUCGAUUUGUAUAUACUGAUUUUUGUAGUUCUUCGCCUUCUUAUGUGGAAUUGAUAUAUUGCCUUUAACAGUUCAAUAAUUUUCUAACAUGGGGAAAAAUGUUGAUGGUGAAAGCAGCAAGUCUAAGACUGCUGGAAAGAUAAAAUCUGACGAGGUUCUUACCAAGGUGAUUAUUCGACGUUUGCCACCAAACUUCCACAAAAAUAUGCUUCUUCAGGAAUUGAGUGUGGUUUUCCCAGAAGGUUUACCAGAUCAUGACUAUUUUAGGUUUUGUGGAAGUGAACUUAGUUUUUCUCCAGUUCCGUUUGCUCGUGCAUACAUUAAUUUCAAACAUGUAAAAGACAUUAUAAAUUUUAAAGAGAAACUUGAUGGUUACAUAUUUACAGAUGGCAAAGGAGGGAAAUAUCCGGUUGUUGUCGAGUUUGCUCCGUUUCAAGGAAUACCGAAAAAGACGAGAAGACGUAAAGACAUAAAAUCUGCCACGAUCGAAAAAGACUCUGACUAUUUGUCGUUUUUGGAAACACUAAAACAAGAGGUGGAACCACUUCCUAGUGCCGAGGUGUACUUGGAACAACAAGAGGCAAACAAACAAAGUCAGAAAGAUGCAAAGAUCACAACUCCGCUGAUCGAGUAUAUGAAGAUGAAGAAGUCAAGCGGAAAAUCUAGGAUUUCAUCUCAACGUCCUCCAAUGUCCUCAAAUGAAAAGAAAAGAAAGCCACCAAAAGAGAGUGGGAAGGCAGGGUACAAGAACACCUAUCCUGAAAAGGGAGCAAGAGCUCAAAACACAAGCGAUAGUUCUAAGAAAGGCAGCGAAAGAAAACAAGAUUCAAGAAAAUUUAUCAGAGACGAAAACGAGAGAAAACAAGCAACUCCCGCUCAAAGUGGGCAGAAGAAAAACGAAAAAUCGCGUGAUGGUAAGGACAAAGGAGAAAACGAAGAGAAAGAAAAAACUUCAAACAAGAACAGGCCCUCUUCGGCGAAGACGUGGAAAGAAAGCAGGCAACAGCCUGAGAGUCAAAGAUCUGGUUCAAAUGCCUCCCGUGCAUCUUCAUCUUAUCGCCACACCAGAAGAGGUACGAAGGAUACUGACAAACCCAGGUCUGAAUCGCGGCCAUCAACCGCUUCUAACCCAUCGAGCGAGAAGAGUGAAGAACGAAAACCACAGAAACAACAAGCAGACAAUAAAGAAAGAGUUCGAAACAAGGAUCGACCAGCUCAAGCAAUCUACCAGCCUCGACCAAGACCGCGUUCCAACGCUGAAGAAUCCACACCGAGAAAUUCAGCUCGUCAAGCGGGUAAGGAACAGGGAAGAGUUUAUCGUGACACUCCGGGAAGAGAUCGGGAUAACUCACAACGAAGUCGUAAUCGAGACUAUCGCGAUAACAGUCGGCGACAGAAUCGAGACGGCCAAAAGAUUGCAGAAAAAUCGGAUGACACCAACAGGGAGCAGACCAGCGGCUCUUCUGGGACAACUUAAUGUUAUACACCUGAACGCCUUGUGAAUUUUAUUUUCAUUAGUUUUUCAGGAUUUA